AAUAUGAUACAUUUAUGUUUUUUUCCAGCUAAUAGAAAAAUAGAAAUUCAGGUAAUUUAAUGUCAUUAAUGGAUUUUCGGUUGCAGAUAUGCUCAUAAAUUAGGACAUGAUGAAUCUCGUGAACCUUUCGUUUUCAAAAUAUUUCCCUCCUCACUUCAAAUCAGCUUUUUCGAAAACCCGAAAGAAUUAAGAAGCUAAAGAGGUGUCUCCAAUCCCCAAAAUACAUAAGUUUUACUAUAUAUAAGAGAGCAUUUGGGUAUAAAACAGUAAAUCGUAAUGGGAAGUCAUGAUGAUUAUUGCAGCAUUUCCAUUAUCACAGCUAGGGCUUGUACUCAAAUUAGGAAAAGAAGAUCAGAAACCUGUAGCCGGAGUUUUACUACUUGUAUUUCGCCGAGAUGGAUUUUCUCGCGGUGGUUCGAAACAGGGGAGAGAAAUAAGGGCACAGAGAAAGUGAAUCAGCUUCAAUAUGGUAGCCCCAGAAAUAAGGGGAAGAAGAAGAAGAAAAAGGAAGAGGAUUCUCUUACGGAAUUUGACACCAAAUCAUCAACCGCAUUGGAAGAUCCAGCAUUUCAUGCAGGAGGAGAAAAGAAAGCAGACUCUAUGAACCUAGGCAUUGGAUUUGGUCUAAUUUAUCUGUUUAAUUCUACCAAAAAUGAGCUCAACAAGAUCGUUGAGAUUCGUCGAGAAAUGGAAAUCCUGCUUCAUAAAUCCAAGAUAGAAUUUCAAAACCAAAGAAGAAUUAGAAGUAAUCCGUCUGGUGCAUCCAAUUCAAGAACCAAAAUCUCACACUAUGAUUCAGAUUGUGUUGAACAAUUUGCAUACUCAACUGAUAUAGAAGAAGAAUCAGAAAUCACUUGCAGCCAUGAUGAUCACCCUUUGAACUGCAAAUUGAUGAAAGGAAAUGAAAGGAAUUUGGAAAUGAACCAACUUGAAGCAGAGCUUGAAGUCGAAUUAGAACGUUUGCAGUUCCAUUUAGAUUCAGAUGUUAUGUUAAAAUAUCCAACACAACAAGAUGCAGAGAUUAUGGAUGAAUAUAGCUCAGGGGGAGGAAGCCAUAGCACAAGCUUUGCAGAUGUCUACAACCCUAACUGCGGAGUUUCUGCAGAAGAAUUAAAGAGGAGGCUGCUUGAGCUUCUGCAGACAAGGCAAGAAGAAAGGAUCAAAGAACUGGAGUUAGCUUUAGAAUCCACCAUGCAAAAACUUGCAGAAAAAGAAAAAGAGGUAUGUUGGUGGAGAGACACUGCCAAGGUCAUUUCUCAACAUGCUCCGAGUCAUCGAUCACUUACUAAGUUGGGUUAAAAGCCACACCCCCACCAACCUUUUAGGCAACUGUCCAAAGAUUUUUUGGAUAGAAAGAAAUUAGGAAAUAGGAAGGAGAAGAAAGAAAAAGAGAUGGAUACAGUUUCAUGUAAAAGAAGGUGAAGGAAAUAGACCACAACUUAUAUAUCAAAUACCGAAGUUUCGUCUGAAAUGACAAGAGAAUAUAAUCACCACUUACUGUGACAAUACAUUGGAAACUGAUAGGUAUGUUGAGGCAUCAUGAACAAUAACAUCACUAGAGUAUUAACUUUCAUAAGAAGAAAUUUAAACCCCUUUCAACAUGUUUGGGGCGAGCAUUAAUUAAAAUAAAAUAAUUAUCGCCAUAUAUGUGGCACGAGACUACCCCAAUGUAUACUAUGUUUGGGAGAGAACUGAACAUCCUAUAGCAACUCAUGUUGACUCUUUUUGGAACAUGAGAUAGUAUGCAUAGUCAUAAUACAGCUUCACAUGUAUUAUUUUGCUAUGUCAUUGAAUUCUUCCAGAA